UGGAAUGCACAAUGAAAAAACUUGAUUUUUAAAAGGGAGUUAUCUCAUUUUGGAACCAAACUCUUCAUAUAUCACAGUGUGGGCUUGGCUGAUACAGCACAAUAAUAUCCAGCGGCACACGCCGCAUCAAACUUUUAUUUUGAAAGUGUUUCACGUCGAAAUGUGCGUUUGACGUCACACCGGUUCCCAGUGUUUGAGGAAGUGCGUGGGGCAGCAGCAGUAGCAGCACAUGAUUUGUUUGUAAAGUAUAAAAAUGACAGUGUGCAGUUUCUAUCUUCAAGGCCGCUGCAGAUACGGAGAUAAAUGCUGGAACGAGCAUCCGAGGGGCGGAAGAGGCGGAGAUUACGGAGCAAACCACCAGCAGCCCAGCAGAGGAGGGUUUGGGAAUCGUGUGUGGGUGAACCCAUCUCAGCGGUCCGGUGGCGGUUACAUCCAGCCCUCCACAUUCUCACGUGAUGGUUCAGACUGGAGCAAAGGAGACGUGAAGAGCUCUGAUUUCAGCUUCUCCCACCAGAACAGAUUCUCAGCGCUAAACCCUCAGAAUAACAAUGAUAAAGGUGGACAAACGCCAGCCGAUGACAAUCAUAAUCAUGUUGACACCAUUCAGAAGGACAUGGAGGUCUGGCAGAGUUCUGGCCAGUGGCCGUUUUCAUGUUAUUCUCUCCUCAGCGUUCAGAUCUCAGGGUUUGUUGAGCUGAGUCCUGAAGAGCUGAGACUGGAAUAUUACACCGGCAGAGCAUCUGGAGAUCUUCAGCCGUAUGUAAACUCUGUACAGCAGCUGUCCAACCAGUGGAGCAGCAGAGUUCAGGAGCUCCAAACCAUGAACGGCUCCACUCAGAUCAGUGUGAUAUCAGAGCUCAAUAACUCAAGUCCUCAGACAUCAUCACAUGGAUUAGGCUCCAGCUCUGGGUCCACAUCAGCAUCCGGGUUUGGAUCCACAUCAGCAUCCGGGUUUGGAUCAGCAGGGUUUGGCUCCAGUUCUCAGAGCAGUAACACUUUCAGCUUCGCCUCAUCCAAAGCCGGUUUUGGAGCAUCUGAUACGCAGCAGGCCCUGGGGUUCAGCAGCACAUCAGCCGCUCAGCCUCCAUCAGGCUUCAGUACCGCUCCCCCGUCCGCUGCCACCUUCUCGUUCGCUGCUCCAGCUGCAGAAAACACACCCAAUACCGGCGCAUUUGCCUCGGCUGCUGGCUUCAGUUUCAAAUCAUCCUCAUCCAGCUCAUCCGCAAUUAGAUUCGGCUCAUCAGCAGCAGCAGCAGCGGGCAGCGCUGUCAGUGGAUCUGGAGAUGUUGGGGACAGAUUGUUCACGGCUCACAGUGAUCUGACAGCUGAAGAACUGGAACAGUUCAGAGCCAAACACUUCACAUUGGGACACAUCCCCCUUAAACCACCUCCUGCAGACCUGCUCAUGGUCUAACACGGACUCUGGGGGGUUUUGAGCGAGCUCAUCUUUUAAUGCAAUGUGAAUAAACAUGUUUCUA